GCGCGCGAACUGUGUAAGUCCUGCCUUGGUUUAUCUUGCCAUAAUGCAGCACCUCGCAGGGCUCUGCUAGUUGCUACCUCUGUGCGCCUGUUAGCUGCUGCUAACAGAGGGUUGGCGUGAGAUGAUGUGGGUCCUGGGUGGGGAUGUGAGGGACGACCCACUUUGCAAUCCCAGCACAGCGAGAGCUGGGGAAGGAAGCAGUUUGAGAAGCAGCUGCUGGUGGGACUGGGUUCAGCCUGGAGGUGUCACACUUUGACAGAGAGAGAGAGAGGGGACUUUGUCACUGGGUAUGCAGCUGCGCAGGACAGGAACAGGAACAGUGCAUCUCUAAGAGCUGAGAUAUUGCAGGCACGAUGUUCGAGUGACAGGGAGCCCUGCAGUUCUUUCUGGCGGAGCUGGUACAUGGAGUGGAAGACACUCUGAGAGAGAGAGUCAGCGAGAGAGAGAUCUGGGGGAGGAGGCAAGAGGCUCCCUGGGCACAGAUUAUUCUGCAAAUGAUGAACAGUGUAUUUUACGAUGUCCCUGAGAUGGAGCUGGUCAUCUCCGACAAGAAUCCCAUGGAUGAGUUUGAACUAAUCCAGCGAAUUGGAAGCGGAACAUACGGUGAUGUGUUUAAGGCUCGUAACUUACAGACCAGUGAGCUCUCAGCCGUCAAGGUCAUUAAAUUGGACCCAGGUGAUGAUGUAUCUUCACUUCAGUUAGAGAUAACGAUGAUGAAAGGCUGUAAACAUCAGAAUAUUGUCGCGUUUCACGCCAGUUACUACAGGAAUAACCGAAUGUGGAUUUGCAUGGAAUACUGUGGGGGAGGAUCAUUACAAGAUAUUUACCAAAUCACCGGCCCCUUGUCAGAAAAACAAAUUGCCUACGUCUGCAGAGAAACGCUCCAGGGUUUGCAGUACCUUCACAGCAACGGGAAAAUGCAUCGAGAUAUCAAGGGAGCGAAUAUUCUGUUGACUGAUCAAGGGGAUGUCAAGCUAGCGGAUUUUGGUGUUUCAGCUGAGCUUACAGCCUCAGUGGGCAAGAGGAAGUCUUUCAUUGGUACACCAUACUGGAUGGCACCAGAAGUGGCAGCAGUGGAGAAGAAGGGUGGUUACAAUCAGCAGUGUGAUAUUUGGGCCGUUGGGAUCACAGCUAUCGAACUGGCUGAGUUGCAACCUCCAAUGUUUGACCUGCACCCCAUGAGGGCCUUGAUGUUAAUGUCAAAAAGUAAUUUCCAACCCCCAAAACUGAAAGAUAAAUUAAAAUGGUCCUCUGAGUGUCACAGCUUCAUCAAGAUGAGCCUGAGGAAAAAUCCCAAGAAGAGGCCUACGGCCGAGAAACUGCUCCAGCACCCAUUUGCCAACCAGUUCCUGAGCCGGAUCCAGGGGAUCGAACUACUGGACAAGAUGAACAAUCCAGACUCCAGUGCGUCGUCGCCUGCAGACGACAGCGAUUUGGAGGUAGAGUUUGCUCGGGGAAAGGGCUUCAGCUACUUAACCAAGGUUCCAGCUACAACUGCUGUACACACCCCU